AUGACCCGUGCCCUUAAUGCCAGAAACAAAUUGGCCUUUGUUAAUGGCACCCUUUCUCCACCCAAACCCAACUCCACAGAUUAUCCACAAUGGAACCAAACUAAAGAUAUGGUUCUUACCUGGCUCCUCAAUUCCAUCAGCCCCUCCAUCGCCAACUCCCUUGAAUUUCACACCGACCCACGAGUCGUAUGGCUUGAUCUUCAAUCACGCUUUUUCCACGGUAACAAUGCACGAAUUUAUCACCUUAAGCGAGAGCUCUCUUCCCUACAACAGCACACCCAUUUAGUUCAUGAGUAUUACAACCAAAUCAAGCAAAUUUGGGAUAAACUCAGCCACUUACAACAGACCAAUGAUCUCAAAGAAAUGCAACAACAAGCUGAAGAUGAGAGAGUUUACCAGUUUCUACUUGGCCUAAAUGACUCUUUUUCCCAGCUGAGAACCCAAAUCCUAGCCAUGGAAACCCUUCCUCCCAUCACCAAAAUUUUUUCUAUUCUUUUUCAGGAGGAACAGCAGCGUCUCCUCCAUGUAAGGCCGGCGGUAGCACUGGAAGCCCACAUCUUCGCCGCUCAUUCUAGUGGUCCUCCACGGAAACCCCUGCACUGCACCGAGUGUGGGAAACACGGCCACACCCGUGACCGAUGCUGGUGCCUUGUGGGAUAUCCAGCCGAACGGGAGCCUCGGGGCAAACAGUAG